AUGGAGGAAGAGCUUCUACCUCCCAGGAUGUUCGCUGCGGGGGAUGAACCUGUGGGUGAACGGAUCAACUCAUACCACAAGGUUAAGACAACAAGAUCAAUCCUCGCCGCCUUAGAACCCGAUGAGUUAGAGUUUAUCCGAAACUCCACUUUUGGGAAAAUCAUCGCAAUUGACGACUACCCGACCUUCUCCGGCGCGUUUGGCCAGUAUAUAUUGGUGAGGCUUCUCAAGGUCAACAAAAAGUAUGAGAUUUGGUUUUUGUUCGCUGGAAACCCUAUCAGGAUGUCGCUCCGAGAGUUCGCCAUCGUCACCGGUUUGAAUUGUGGGAAGAUCCCAGAGCCUGCUAAGAAGAGGAGUAACCCGUUAAAACAGAAGUUGUACUGGAAUGAACUGUUUGGGUCUUUGAAAUUCUGUACCGUCCAGACAGCCAUCGAGAUGUUGAAGAGCAAGGUGGUUAAAACCAGAGAUGAGAGGAUCAAGUUCGCGUGUUUGGCGAUAACCUCUUCGAUUCUAUUUCCAUCCUCACACGCACCCCGCAUCAUUCCUGAGCAUGUUGAACUCAUUCGGGACUUAAAUGAGUUUCUUGCCUUUCCCUGGGGCAGAGCUGCUUACCAAACGCUCGCCACAACUCUUAUCUCGAAGGAUGCACUCUCACUGUCGAAAGCAUCUUUGGCUAUUCGUGGAUACGUUGACGCCAUUCAACUAGUUCUUAUCGCUGCCAUCCCUCAGUUGAAGGAAGAAAUCACAGAAUCUUCCAAACCAAUAGUCAUUCCGGACUCUGAUAGCGAAGGGGAGUCUCCUGACGAAGCCACUGCUUCUGAGGAUGACAACGCGAUGGAUCAGGAGAAAACAGGUCCCAUCACCAAGUACGUUAUCAUUCCUGGCCACGCCAAGACAGCAGAUAUGGAGUGUCAGGUAGCUUUUACACCCAACUCCAUUCUUAACGGCUAA